GUCUGCUUAAAAAAUGAUGUUCUGCUCCGCUUAUGUUUUUUCACGCAGUGCUGUGGAUUCCGGCGUCAGCGUAAGUGGACAGUCAUCACUUGAGAAAUAGCUGCGAUUUUUUUCGCUCUUAAUUUCGGUGCCAGUUUCAACAAACAGCGGGCUUUUAUUCUCGCACGCCGUCACUCGCCCAGGAUUGCAUCCAUUUGAAUUAAUGUCGCACUCCAUAAUGGACUUCCUCGGACUGUACUUUUUACAGCUGGCUCUCAUUGGAGUCCCACGUAUGGCCCUCUCUGUGGGCGGGAGGGACUGUCUGCGUGCUGGAGACACCUGUUCCAGCGACGACACCUGCAGCCCACGACUGCGCACCCUCAGGCAGUGUGUGGCAGGGGAUGGCAGUGUGAAACUGGGGCCUGGGGCGCGAAACCAGUGUGAGAACGCCAUGACGGCACUUCUGUCCACCCCUCUGCAUGGCUGCCAAUGUAAACGAGGCAUGAAGAAGGAGAAGAACUGCCUGAGUAUCUACUGGAGUCUGCAUCAGUCUGUGCUGCACGGACUGAGCCUGGUGGAGAGCUACCCCUAUGAACCAGAGGAGAGGGGCACAGACUAUGUUCGUCUGGCCUCCAUCGCUGCAGAGUCUGAAGUGACGACAGUGAACCGCUGCCUGGAUGCUGCCAAGGCGUGUAACAUAGACGAGACGUGUCAGAAGCUUCGCACCGAGUACGUCUCGUCCUGCAUCCAGCCGUCAGCCCGCUCGGGGCCGUGUAACCGAGCAAAGUGCAACAAGGCGCUGAGGAAGUUCUUUGACCGCGUCCCCCCUGACUACACUCACGAACUGCUGUUCUGUCCGUGCACCGACACGGCCUGCGCAGAGCGCCGCAGGCAAACCAUCGUGCCGUCCUGCUCCUACGAAGACAAGGAAAAGCUCAACUGCCUCGCUCAGCUGCGGAUCUGCAAGGCAGACUAUGUGUGCAGGUCUCGCUGGGCACAGUUCCAGUAUGAUUGCCAACCCUCCGAGCAGAGCGCCAGUGGCUGCAAGCAGGAGAACUACGGAGCAUGUCUACUCGCAUACACCGGCCUGAUAGGAAGCACAAUAACUCCCAACUACCUUGACAACUCCACAUCCAAUGUGGGACCCUGGUGCUCCUGCGCAGCGAGUGGCAACCACAGGGAACAAUGCAACGACUUUCUGACUUUUUUCCAUGACAACAUCUGCCUGAAAAAUGCGAUUCAGGCCUUUGGAAAUGGAUCGGAUGUGAAAACAGGCGCCAGCCAGCCCGGGGUGCCCAGUCCAGCAACGGACAACCAUAGCCCACACUUGGCAACCACUGCCCCAGGCAUCUCUAUGGAAACAGAGCAGAACAUCCUGCGAGCACAGAUACCUACUCAGGUAAACGAGAAUGACAGAUUGUGGGGCGUCGAGGGAGACUCCACUCUUCCCUCUCCGGGCCUUUUGGACCACGGAGCUGAGCCUGUCCGCCUCUCCAUGCUGCUGCUGGGCCUGGCUUUGAUGCUCCUGGUGCUCUCCUGUCCAUAAGAGGCCUCGGUUACCUGGCCUCCAAAGACAAAUGUCAAGAUCCAAGGGGGAAGGGUUGGGGCGCAAGAGAAAAAACAGCCAUUUUCUAUGUGUCAAGUGACGAUGAGGGAAAGGGUCAACUUUGUCCUACCCUGCUGCCCUCUCCCUCUCUGUCAUAAAAAUCACACUUAAUUUCUAUUUGUGAAUCAUGACUCAGAGCUGAUGUGUUGUGCAGCCCACACCUUUGCGAAGACCAUCUGAGAGGGCGCCACUACGGCACCAUAGGGGGGAUAAACGGGAAGCACACACACCUCAUUUCCUGCUUCAUGCCUGCCCAAACACAAACUUUUCCACACAACACAGACACGCACACACACACACAAAGACACACAAACACGACAAACAGACUUCACUAAUUUGAUAAUAACAUCCAAACUACAGUGAAAAUGGCCAGCGAGAUCAGAAGGUGUACAGCGAAAGACACUGAAGACGCAGUGCAGGAAAACUAUUAAAUAUAUACAUAUAAAACAGCACAACUUUUUUUUUUUUUUUUUGUCCUUGAACAUUCCUUGAUGUAAAAGAAAAAUAUUAAGUGUUACGACUUUUCUCUCACAUGAACUGUGAUGACGUGUUACACAUAAUUUAAGCUGGAGCGUGCGUGUGUGCGUUCGCCCACGCGCAGCACUCCGCCCAUUCAGCUUCGCUCUUUAUUUUGAAGGCACAGAUUAAAUUUGAACCAAUCAUUUUGUUACCCAGAAUG